AUGAGUUCAAAGCAAGUAAUUUGUGGGUUUAUAACUUUGGUUUUGAUUUUCAGUCGUUCUUUUCUGUUGGAAGCUCAACUUCAAGUAGGAUUCUAUGCAAGUUCUUGUAAUUUGGUUGAGUUCAUUGUCAAACAAGAAGUUAGAAAUGCAUUCUCUAGGGACAAUGGAGUGGCUGCUGGCCUAGUUAGAAUGCAUUUCCACGAUUGCUUUGUUAGGGGCUGUGAUGGAUCCGUGCUGAUCGACUCGACUCCAUCCAACACAGCAGAGAAGGAUUCUCCAGCUAAUAAUCCGAGCCUUCGAGGGUUCGAAGUCAUUGACAGUGCAAAGGCUAGACUUGAAGCUAUAUGCCAAGGAGUUGUUUCAUGUGCUGAUAUACUGGCUUUUGCAGCAAGGGAUAGUGUUGAAAUUACAGGAGGAUUUGGCUAUGAUGUUCCUGCUGGUAGAAGAGAUGGCAGAAUUUCUUUAGCUUCUGAGAUACCAGCAAACUUGCCACCUCCUACCUUCAAUGUAGGUCAACUCACUCAAAACUUCGCAAAUAAGGGAUUUACACAAGAUGAAAUGGUUACGCUUUCUGGUGCUCACACCAUUGGCCGCUCUCAUUGCACCUCCUUCAGUAACAGACUAUACAGUUUCAACUCAACGACGAGUCAGGAUCCGAGUCUAGACCCAAUUUACGCAGCCCAACUAAAGCAGCAGUGCCCACAGGGAAGUUCAAAUACGAAUCUGGUGGUUCCCAUGAAUCCUUCGAGCCCAACCGUAACUGAUGUGGGUUACUAUAGAGACAUUAUAGCAAAUAGAGGCCUUCACACUUCAGACCAAACUUUGUUGACAAAUACUGCAACGGCUGCUCAAGUUAUUCAGAAUGCUCAAAACCAAUUUAUAUGGAGAAGUAAAUUUGCAGCUGCAAUGGUGAAGAUGGGUCGAAUUGGAGUCUCGACUGGUAAUGCAGGAGAGAUCCGAGCAAAGUGCAGAGUGAUCAAUGGUUGA